UGGGUGCCGGCUGAGGGGGGAAGGACGGCUGCCGAGCGUGGGAAGGGCGAGGCGCGGGAGGGAGCGAGCGGCAAGCGGGGCGGUGUCUGUAAAUAGAGGGGAGGGGUGAAGGAGAUUCGGGAGAGCAAAGGGACCCGAUGACCGAGAAGAAGGGCAGCGGCGAGGGCGGCCCGGCGGGGCCGCUUUCGGCGGGCGGCGGAGGCGCGGUCGCAGCGCUCACGGGCCGGGGGCGGCGGGCGGGGGGCGAGCGGCGUCGGAACAGGGCUGCACUCCCCUUUCCCGAUCCCCGCGCGCGUCCCUCUCUAGACGCUGGAAGCGACCGCGUGCCGGAAAAUGCCGCCGGGGCGGCGCGCAGGCGGCGGAGCGGGGCCCCGGCUUUCCCCGCCCCUCCUGCCGCCAUCUUUGGAAGGUCAAGCGAGCCGUCCCCGUCCCGCCGCGUCGCUGUCUCGUCCCGCCGCGUUCCCGCCGCCUCCCCGUGCUUCCCCGCCGUCUCCACUCUGACACGAUCCGCCCCCGUCCCGGACCCCCUCCGCUGCAGGGAAAUGCAGGAGAACGCGAAAGCAUCGGGGCAGAGCAGCCGCUGGAGGUGCCCGAGCCGUCUCCCCCUUGCCCGCAGGGCCGGAGUUGCCCACCGCCGGCAGCUGACAGGUCCCUGCUGGCUGCCGUGUCCUGGGUGGGCACAGAGCUCUGACCUUGGCCAGAUGGGCUGGUUUCCGGUGUUUUGUUCCCUGACGUCGCCAAAGCCUCAGGUUUGA